CAGCAGCCGGGCUGGGCUACACGGGCUGGACUCAAACCGAGUUGGGUCGUAAGCGCCUGACACGCUGACUCCUCUGCUUCACCGCUGUCAGGAUGAACCUGUUCUGCUUCUCAUUGGAGGGUUCGAUGGACAGCCUGUAUGAGGCCGCCGGCGACAGCCCCCCUCAACCCGUUCCGAGGCGCUCGUGCAGCCCGGCGCUUCUGCUCGACGACGACGUGAGGUGGAAGGGUUCCGGGAGGUCAAUUUCCAUGGAAAUGACAAUGAGGCCAGGCACCAGCGCUCAGAAAAAGAAACGAAGAACACAAGUAUCCAAAUCCUCAUCAGACAACGAAGCGCUGGAUAACGCCGUUUGUAAUGUGGCCGUUUGGAAGGCCGCCAAUGGCCCAGAAGAUUUACGAGUCGUCCCCAUUGCCAACAAUCACAAUGAAGAGCUGAAGAAGAUGAAGCAUAGAGGUGACGGCAAAGGAGGGAAAUCAGCCCAUCAUUCGGGUACCAAAAAGAGGGACAAAAAUUGCCCAAGUCAGAAGAUCAACACCAAAGGUGCGGCAACAGAAUUGAAACCAGCGGCAAAAAGGAACCCAAAACUUGGGAAGAAACAGACUGGAAAGAAUGGAAAAGAGGGAACAAAGAAAAGUCACAAUACUACAGGGCACCCGGCAGCAGGACCUUCAAGUCCCCCCACGGAGCCACACUACCUGGAUGUGCUCUACAGGUGCGACAGGAGGAUCUACCUGGGAAAGUCCUCCACCCUUCCCACGCAGGAAAACACAACUCCGGGCCCCGACAUGAUCAGCUCGUCUGGUGGUGCGACACCUACUCACUAUCACAAUCACAGCCAAAACCAGCGCUGGAGCAACCCGGCUGACAAAUGUCCCGGUUGGGGCACCGUGGAGCACACGUGCCGCAGGCCGCUCACGGAGUACCGCGUGUCUUCCGACGACUUCAGCCUGCUUCGCGGGGACAAGAUGCAUGAGCAGGAAAACAAGGACGGCGGCCCGAGUACGAACUGUAAAAACCCGACUCCCUCAAAUGUGACGCGGUCCAUCACUGAAUUGGAUCUGUCAGAACCAAACAUGACCAUAUAUGACCACAUGAGCCCACAUGACCAGACCUGCUCGGCUGUUUGA